AUGGAGCACGCGCUCUUCGUAGUGUUGUUAUUGCAGCUAUGCGCAGCCGAAACACCAAAGGCCGUACCAGGAUGGUACGCCGCCAAUCUCAUCAACGAAUCCAACUAUACGCCAAAACCGAUCACCGAGAUUUUCUCCACCGAAAGCCCACUGUCUUCUAACAACCCCGUGUUUAUUCUACAAUCGACGCAAUCGCCCAUAACCCAGGAUAUCGUUGGGUCAUCUACCCCAACAACUUGGAGUACAGGCAGCAGCUACACUCAAACACAGUAUCCUAGUAUCGCGGCAGAGUCUGGAGAUAUUCAGAGACUGCAGUCGAAUUUGCCAACGACAAUACCUCAGAGCACGUUUUCGACAUUGCAGCAACCAGUAAAUAACAUACAGUCUGGGCUGGGCAACCGAGACGUCGCUAGUAUUCUAGGAACACUAGAGCAGAUCUUGCAAAACCAGAAUUCGUAUCAAUCGACUCCAUCCACUGUUGCAGUGACACCAUCAACUAUACAGACAUGGCUACCGACACAAACUACCCUACCUUCGCAGUUCAAUGAUUUCAAUACGUACUCGACGUCAUCUCCUAUUCCUCGAGACACCUAUAGUAGUCCAUCGCCAUACAUCCCAACUUUCCCCCCUAAAACUAGGACCGGAAAUAAUCCCGCGAAUGGAGGAAAGAAAAGACCUUGUGACACGGUCAAAGAAUCAACGAAUACAUUAAAAACAAAUUCAACUCCCACACUUUUAAUGCCGCUUCCCAAGCCUCUUCUAACCAUUCGUUUGAAGGCACCUAGAGGUUCCAUAACCAAUCUCCAUAUUAACCCGAGCACAACAACCACGACCACUAAGAAACCGAAGACAACAACUAAAAAAAGGAAAAGUUCUAAGAGGAAGAACGAUUACGACACCUGUUUGGACUCUUGUAAAGAUAAACGGGAUCCGAUUUGCGCUAGUCCAGAAGGGUUUGUGCCCAUCGACUCCAAUGCCCUGAAAGGUUUCCCGUCUUUGUGUCAUAUGGCGUGCCAUAAUUCAUUUAAAAAAGAAAUAACAUAUGAAAAGGUCGCAGACGGCCGAUGUGGAAGAUUAAGGACUCGGAUCCGCACCGUUGAGAAGAACAAAAUAAAACGCGAAGAUCUGAAGAAAGCACAAUACACGGUCUCACACAGCGGCCCUGAAACUGUCGUUGAAUUUUCGUCUUUGAAACGCUGA